AUGUAUCUUGCAAAUAUCCUUCCCUGGGCCCUUCUGCCCGUAGCGGCCAUUGCGGAUGUCACCACCGGACAGUCUCAUCGUAUAACAUGUACUGUCAAGGCAGGAGGUUCCGAGUCGAUUGAUGAUACGCCUGCUAUCCUCAAAGCGUUCCAUGAAUGCGGAAAAGGGGGCAGGAUCGUCUUCCAGAAUGCCACAUACCAUGUCAACAGUGUGAUGAACACGACCGGACUGCAAAACUGCGACAUUGACCUUUUUGGCACACUUUUGUGGGGAACCAACAUCACGUACUGGCUCUCACACUCCCUGGACGUGGGCUAUCAGAACCAGUCCACCGCGUGGGUGAUCGGAGGCAACAACGUUCGGUUCAAUGGCCACGGAUACGGCACGUUGAAUGGCAACGGACAGGUGUGGUAUGACUAUGUCAAGAGUGUGUCGAACUAUCCUCGCAGGCCGCACGCCCUCACCGUCUCGCGGACAUCGAACUCGGUCUUUCAGGGACUGAGAUUCCUGCAAAGUCAGAUGUGGACUUUGUCUGUGAUUAACUCGCAUCAUACCCUCUUCGACUCGAUAUAUGUGAACAGCACCACCACCAACGGCAACUCUGCUCACAAUACGGACGGAGCCGACACCAUUUACAGUUCACACAUCACCUUCAACAACUGGACGGUAGACAACGGCGACGACAGCAUCAGCGCCAAGGCCAAUUCCACCGACAUUCUCAUCACCAACUCUGCCUUCUACCGGGGCCUUGGAAUCGCCAUAGGCAGUAUCGGCCAGUACAAGGACGUCUUCGAGACGGUUGAGCGCGUCCGAGCCGAAAACAUCACGUAUCACGGCACGCUGCACAGCAUCUACUUCAAGACCUGGACGGGCGAGCAGGUCAAUUACCCGCCCAACGGUGGUGGCGGCGGUCUAGGCUACGCCUCAGAUAUCUCCGGCUCGAACCUCUACGCCUACAAUCUGCGCGGGCCCGCCUUCUCCAUCUCCCAAUGCACCUCCUUUUCAGGGGCGGCGGGCAACUGCACCUCGUCCAAGUUUCAGAUCUGGGGUUUGCGUAUUGCAGAUAUCGCAGGUUCCUCUAACACUGACGUGGUAGGCAGCUUUCAGUGUAGUGCCGUCAAGCCGUGCAAGAAUAUCGAGAUUGUGAAUGUGAAUUUGCAGGCGCCUAAUGGGACGAUGGCGGACGAGUAUCUGUGUGGUCAUGUCGAGGGCACUCGGGGGUUUAAUUGCACGGGGGAGGCGUGUGAGGGAUCCAGUGCCACAGGGGGAUGUUAG